CUACAAACCCUACAGGCCCCGCCCACGAGCCUGUCGCAAAUCGCAGGUGACAGGAAGAUAAUCUCAACCCCGACACAGUUGUGGUCGUUAAAACUAUAUUUUCCCUGUUUUUAAACAGAAUUACAGAGCGUUAGUAGAUUGGCAGUGCUUUUAGUUUAAUGAAAGUAAAUCCGCGCACUUAUCGCGUUUCCGCAGAUCAAAUGGAUGUUCAUGCAGAUGGAUGAGCAUCUGUGCUAAAAACAAACGCUAAACUCAAGCCCACAUUCCUUUUCUAAUGCUGUUAUUUGACGGAUUUGACAUAUUCCUCACGAAUGAGCGCAGCGUUGAUCUUCAGAGAAAUGCAGGACGAAUAUAGCGUAGGAUUCGUGAAGCAGAUCCUUAGUUUGAAUUUGGUGCCGAGGAAAAAUGCCACCAACUGCGGGAGGAACGACACCUCUCUGUGCGAUUUCUCCGAGAUGUGGUAUGGUGUGUUCCUGUGGGCUGUUGUCUCCUCAUUGGUGUUCCACCUGCCUGCUGCCCUCCUGGCUCUGGCAACCCUUCGGAGACAUAAGAUGGCACGAUUUUUUCCAAUCGGCAUCCUGCUCAUGGGCAUCAUCGGCCCGCUGUUUGGAGGGGUUCUCACUAGUGCAGCCAUAGCAGGAGUUUAUAAAGCGGCUGGGAAGAGCAUGUUCUCCUUGGAGGCCUUGGUGUUUGGAGUAGGACAGUCGUUGUGUGUUUUUAUAAUUUCCUUCCUCAGAGUUCUGGCUACCCUGUAGCACAAAGACAUUGGCACACCAGGCUGCCAUCACAAGGAGAGGAAGCGGUUCAGUCACCUGGGCGUCAUAUGCAAAACAUGGAGGCCUUACUUCCCAAACAGUCCCGACAACUUGUUUCCUUUGAUACAGAACAACGGUAUUUUUUCCAAACGGGUUUCUGAUGAGUUCUUCGAGUACCAUGGGAGUUUUCAUUUGGAAACGAAACAUUACGAGCUACCUUUAAAGCAGAGCUAGCCUUGCGUUACAGGUGGAGUCAUCUUGCACAUGUGUAUUUUUUUUAAAUGGUCAUUAUAGAUGAUAUUUUGGUUGUUAGUUUCUUUUCAUUUUCUUUCUUAACACUAAGUCUUUUAUAAAGUUUUGGAUGAGGUAAAGAUGUACAUACUAAAGCCCAUUCCAGCUUGCCCUUAAAUUAUGCUUGGGAGGAACAACUUGCAUUCACUUUGCACUGAUUAUAUGAAUCCAUUAGGCCAAAGGCUAGAAAUAUCAAUUUGUUCUUUUCUUCACAAAGUUUUACAUGUAUUUUGCCCCUAACCGUGGGCAUAUUUGAAGAGAUUACAGUUGUUUGUGGACUUUGACAUUGUAAUCGUUUCUCAGCGUGAGAUUUCCGUCUGGAGUGGCUUUUGUUGGUUAAAUUACAUAUUUGUGAUCUGUUUUUACAUUUAAAAUCAUUUUUGAAUUUGUUUUUCAAGUGGGCUCUGGGAUUUGGCCUUCACUUUGUUAUUUCUGUAUAUAUUAGAGUGACACAAUCUUGUUUGCCCAUAAGAUUCUGUAUGUGGCAGCCUCACCUUUUAUGCCUAACAUGUGAAUGUAAACCAGAUUUCAGCUGAAUCCAUCGUAGAAUCACUUAAACUUUCACCAAAGAAAUUCUAACACUAUUCUACAGUCGCUAUACACUGUUAUUUUUAGUAGAGAAAGCUCAUGUGGAAAGAUCAAACUAAAUUACUAUAGAAUGUACAAAAUGAUCAGAAUCAGAAACCUACGUUUAUGUACAGAAGUAUAUAAAAUGUUUAAGUUGCAAAAAAGUGUACUCACACAUGUAGAUGUUCUCCCUAUCAGCAAGAGGUGUAAUUCUGAAACAAAUAUGAAUAUGAUCUUAACACAAAGUAGCAUAAUUUUAGACUUAUCUAAGGAAUUAUCAGCCUGACAUCUAAACCAAACUUAUUUCUCAAAUAUCAGUUUCACAUUUCUUCAGCAUACGCAUUUGUACACUUAUGUUUUCCCAUAUUACAAGCCCUCAGGAAGUUCUUGUGUUCUGGAAGUUUCAUUCAAAGCUCGUGUGGUGUGAGUUAAUGUAAAUCAGACUAAUCUUUUACGAUUGGAGCGCUAACAUUAGUGGGACGCGCUGAAAGCUAUGCUUUAUUCGUCUGAGCCUAUGGUCUCUCAAUUGCACAAAUGGAUUUAUUUUUCUAAAGUCCAAUCAUUCAUGGUGGAGUGACUGCUCAUUGUUUUUGUGGUUUGUCUUUGAUUGUAUGGUCUUCUUGAGAAAAAUGGAUUUACUCUUUACAACCUACUUUCUGUUUAUUAUUUUUUUCUGGGCAAGUUUAAUUUUCUUAUUGUAUAAUAAGUGCCAAUUGCUAGUAUUUUCAUGAAAUAAAAUGGUUUAGAUUAUAAUAACA